AUGGAACAAGAAGGAUUAACGAAAGAAAAAUUAGAUAAAAUUGCGAUGUUGCAAAUGAAAUAUGAUAUUGAAGUAAUGCACUUAGCAGAAGAAUGCAAUAUGGAACCUGAAUUUGUUAAAAAUAUCCUGAAAGACUUUCGUGAACCAGCUUUCAAAAAACUUAGAAAAUGUAGUGCGUGGAAUGCUUGGCAGGUAGAAUGGUGGCAAGAGAACCAGGAAUUAAGUGUUAUGUCACCAAAUGCUCAACAAAAGUGUGCAAUGGAGUGGAAUGACCUUGAUGCAGAAAAAAAAGAGCAGUAUACUCAAGCUGCUGAUAAGAUGAAUGAAUGUCGUAGUUUAAAUAAAACAGGCCUUAUCAAAGAUCUCAAUAAAAGAAAAAUCGAAAUCAAUAAGCAAAUUAAGGAACUUCGAAAAAUUUAUAAAACACUGUAUAGCUCAUGUGGUGUUGAUAUUUUAAGCAUUGCAGUUUCGUAUGUUGAUGGUAUUAAUCCAAAUUGGUUUGGAACUAAAGUCGGUGAGGACUUUUACGCUCAGUGUGAUACGCUUGAUCAGAUUUUAACUGUUUUUCAAAGUUAUUCCACUUUAAAAAAAGCAGAAAGAGACAAGGUUAUUAAUAAUAUUGAAAUGUCUCAUGAUGUUAAUGCUAUUCAGAUUAAGGAUGUAAGUGUUAAUAGUAAAAAAACUAGAGAUAAUGUUAGACAGAUUUUACGUGAAAAAUUUCGUAUGGCAACUGGUAAAGAAUUGAUACCUUAUAAAAAUUGGCAGCUUCAAACUAAAUAUCAGUUACACGGUUGGCCACAUAAGGUUGAAUUUGUGGAUUAUGCUAACCUUACUGAAAAUGAUAAAGUUAAAGUAUUGAAUGCAUUGAAUGAUAUCCACUUUACUGAAAAUUAA